AUGAACCACCUUCCGUCCGUCCUCCCUUCUACUCCUGCGCUUCAAGACCUGACGACCACCCCAGACGAGUUGCAGUCGCAGUCCGCUCAUGCCAAGGUCACAAACCCUAAGGAGACAGCCAUCUUUAUCUGCGCGUUAGGGCAAUGUAACAGACUGUUCCCCGACCGCGAGCGGCUGAUGAAACAUCGCAAGCGUGAUCACGACUCCGAAAACCAGGACGAUAUCAUCACUUGGAACGAGUAG